AUGGCCAUCAAACAAAUUUCAUCUCUUAUAUUACUUUCGUUGAUGAUUUCGACUUUCAUCUUUAUUCCCAUGAUUUCAGGAGAAAUGAUCAACAAGAUAAGAGAAAUCAAACAGUGUGGAAUGAAAUGUUAUAGUACACAUGAAUGCAAUGAAACAUGCAUAGAUGAAGGGUACGAAGAAGGGAAAUGUCUAGGAUUAGGAUACCGGAAAGGUGGAGUUGAAUGUUGUUGUCUAGCCAGUUCUCAAGAUGGUUCUCCUAUUUCUAGUCCUUAAUAAUAUUUCAUGUCAUCUUUACCCUCAAUAUAUGAAUAAAAAUAUAUUACAUGAUGAUUCACAAUAUUGCAUCCAAGUUCUACGCAAAUCAAAUUGUAAAUCCAUUAUCAUUA